AUCGGAUACUUAUUCUGCGCACACAAAACUGUUCUCUCAUAUCAUUCGCUGAUCUUCCAGGACAUGUUCGCCAUACCAGUGCAACCAGACACGAAUGAGACCCACAAAGCACUGCCAUCAUUCGGCUCCAUGAUGAUAUCGAGGAUAUCGAAAGCCUUUAUAUGUUCUCUUUAUAGUUUUGGACUGCCGCUGAAGAGGCUGGAUUCGGAUACGCCACUUCGCGUCCGAGGUAUCUUGAAGGUAGCUGACAAAUACGAGGUUGACUCAAUCCAUUCCCGCACAAUUCAACAUCUGAAAGAAGACUGGCCGACGUCUGCUCUUGCCUGGCUACGUUUCUGUCGUGACGAAAAACUCUACAGUGAAGACUGUGCGCGUUACUUGUCUCUGGAGGACGACACUGAGCAUCCCGAGGACCACUUUCCCGAGCCCGCCUCUGCAAUUCGUCUUGCGCGUGAUUUAGAACUCUCAUCUAUCUUCCCAGCAGCCCUGCCGCACGCGCACCGCGCGUUCCUGCUUGACACGCAGGCGGGCCGAAGCCCAGACAGCAAUGUUGUCGGCGAUGAAGAGGAAGACGACGGCACCCCGAACUGCUACCAGAUCAUCUUGCGCAAGCACGACGAGUUUAGCGCGGCGCGUUAUUCGAGCCUCUGGACCGGUGUUGAGGAGGUCGAAUGCCUGGACCCGAUUGCGGUCCCCCAGGAGCCAAGAGACGCGGCCACGAAUUGGAAGAUGUGCGCGUCGUGCACCGAGCUAUUUCGCACCAAGAUCGCGGACGAGAUCAAGCGGCUGUGGGACGACCUGCCUCGUAUAUUUGGCGUUGUCCCCGAAGAGUCUUAA